AUGACCGGGUCGAUCUAUGCAAUGUCGGUGAGCGAUGAGUACGGGUGCACACUGUCCGAAUUGCGCGGGCUCAUGGAGCUCCGCGGUGCUGAGGCCCUCGAAACGCUGGAGCGAAACUAUGGUGGAGUGGAGGGAUUGUGUCAGAGAUUGAAGACCGACCCAGUCAAUGGAAUAUCCAACGAUCAAAAAGAACUCGAGAAACGGAGACGGGUCUUCGGCAAAAAUGAGAUCCCUCCAGCGGCAUCAAAAAGCUUUUUUCGAUUAGCCUGGGAAGCUUUACAAGAUAUCACAUUGGUGAUUUUGUUGGGUGCGGCGAUCAUCUCAUUGGGUCUCUCUUUCUACAAACCACCAAGCAGCGCUGCAAGCCACGAUUCGAGUGAGCAAGAAGCUGGAUGGAUAGAAGGAGCCGCUAUUCUCAUUGCUGUUAUCGUUGUUGUGAUGGUGACUGCGUUGAAUGAUUGGAGCAAAGAGAAACAGUUCAGAGGUCUUCAAGCGAAGAUCGAAACCGAGCACAAAUUCUCUGUGAUUCGUGAUGGACAACCCAUUGACAUUAUCGUCAACGAUUUGGUGGUCGGAGAUGUGGCCAGAGUUAAAUAUGGUGAUCUUCUCCCAUCGGACGGAAUUCUCAUUCAGUCAAAUGACCUGAAACUUGAUGAAUCCUCAUUGACGGGAGAGUCAGAUCUGAUCAAAAAGAGUAGCGAUCAUGAUCCCGUUCUUCUAUCCGGUACACACGCUAUGGAGGGUUCCGGUCGUUUCAUCGUAACAGCUGUUGGUGUGAACUCCCAAACGGGAAUUAUCAUGUCGCUUCUGGGAGCAGUGAAACAAGAAAAAGAGGAAAAGAAAGAAACAUCAAAAGAUGGAGAACAAAACUUGCCCAAUGGUAAUGGAAUGGCUGUUGGAAAUGGAGUACAAAAGGAUGGAAAAUCGAUGCCGCCACAAGAAGAAGAGGAUGCGGCCAAGGCUAGCAAAUCGGUUCUGCAGGCUAAGCUUUCCAGCUUGGCAAUCCAGAUUGGAUACAUUGGAUCGAUCGUCGCCGGAGCCACCGUUCUCAUCUUGGUGGCGAGGUUCUGCAUUGAAAAAUAUGUGGUAAAUAAACAACAAUUUGAGGCUGCCGAUUUAUCUCAUUUUGUCAACCACAUCAUUAUCGGAGUGACAGUUUUGGUGAUUGCUGUACCUGAAGGUCUUCCAUUGGCCAUUACUCUUGCCUUAACCUAUUCCGUCAAAAAGAUGAUGAAAGACAACAACUUGGUUCGUCACUUGGACGCUUGUGAAACGAUGGGAAAUGCGACGGCGAUCUGCUCAGACAAAACGGGAACUCUCACAACAAACAGAAUGACUGCUGUGCAAGCAUUCAUCAAUGAAGAAUUCUACAAGACGGGUCAUUUGCCCAAGUAUGGGGAUUUGGAUGCGUUGACAAGGGAUUUAAUCAUUGAGGGAAUCUCGACAAACAGUGGAUACAACUCACAAGUCUUUGAUAGUAAAAUACAAGGAGGACCACGGGAACAGAUCGGCAAUAAGACCGAGUGUGGAUUGCUAGGACUUGUGAUGGAUUUGGGAAAACACUAUGAUGACAUCAGAAAGCUCCAUCCUGAAGAGACGCUUUUCAAGGUGUAUACAUUCAACUCUUCUCGCAAAUCAAUGAUGACCGUUUUGCAAAUGGAUGCGGGAAGAUAUCGAAUCUAUGCAAAAGGAGCCUCGGAGAUCAUUCUAUCUAGAUGCUCAUCGGUUUUGGGUCGUGGUGGUGCCAUUGAGAGCUUUGGAGAAAGACAAGUGGCCGAUUUGACACAACGAGUCAUUGAGCCGAUGGCCUCGGAUGGAUUGCGAACGAUUGGAUUGGCAUAUAAAGAUAUGGUGCCACAAGGAGAAAAAACAAGAGAAAAUGAGCUUGAGUACUCUGGUGAGAUCGAUUGGGAAAACGAGGAAGUGAUUCGAAUGGGAAUGACAGCAAUCGCAAUCAUUGGUAUUCAAGAUCCUGUCAGAACUGAGGUGCCAGCAGCUAUCGAGAAAUGUCAACGAGCAGGGAUCACCGUUCGAAUGGUUACAGGAGAUAACAUUAACACAGCCAGAUCAAUUGCCACUUCUUGUGGUAUUCUCAAACCGGGAGCUGAUUUCUUGGCACUUGAAGGAAAAGAGUUCAAUGCUAGAAUCCGAAACGAGGAUGGAAAAGUCGAUCAAGCAAAACUUGACGCAAUUUGGCCUCGCCUUCGAGUAUUGGCUAGAGCUCAACCAUCGGAUAAAUAUGUCCUUGUUAAAGGGAUUAUCGAUUCAAAAUCGACAAAGAACCGAGAGGUAGUGGCUGUGACGGGUGAUGGAACAAAUGACGCUCCAGCUCUGAAGAAAGCCGAUGUCGGAUUUGCUAUGGGUAUUGCUGGAACUGAUGUGGCCAAAGAGGCAUCGGAUAUUAUUCUCACUGAUGAUAAUUUCUCUUCAAUUGUUAAGGCAGUAAUGUGGGGAAGAAAUGUAUACGAUUCGAUCGCGAAAUUCCUCCAAUUCCAAUUGACAGUUAACGUGGUGGCUGUGACAAUCGCCUUUUGUGGAGCUCUCUUCAUUAAGGACUCUCCGUUGAAGGCCGUUCAAAUGUUGUGGGUGAAUCUUAUCAUGGACACCCUUGCCUCUCUUGCAUUGGCCACUGAAAUGCCCACAGAAGAUCUUUUGGAAAGGAAACCGUAUGGACGCACAAAAUCGCUCAUCUCGAGAACAAUGGUCAAGAAUAUUACCGGACAUGCCGUUUAUCAACUCACCAUUCUUUUUGUGCUCAUGUUUUUCGCUCCUGCCAUCAUUCCAAACACGAAAGAUGGACGAGAUCCGACUGGAAUGAGCACAAAACCGACAGAGCAUUUCACGAUCAUCUUUAACGCUUUCGUCUUGAUGACCCUCGUCAAUGAGAUCAAUUCGAGGAAAAUUCACGGAGAGAGAAAUGUCUUUAAGGGACUUUUCACAAAUCCGAUUUUCUGCGUGAUUUGGAUCACGACUCUCAUCUCGCAAGUUCUCAUCGUGCAAUUUGGUGGUCAUUGGUUCUCGACGGCUCCUCUUGAUUACAUUCAGUGGGGUUUCUGUAUUGUCUGUGGAAUCGGAUCACUCUUUUGGGGUCAAGUCAUCAACACGAUUCCUUCGUCAAUUCUCCCCAAAUCGCUCUCGUUUGGUCGCGGUGAGGUUCAACCAACAUCAAUUCUUCUCACUGGAGACUAUGAUACACCUACGAAUAUCUCCUCAGCAGCCGGUCUUGCGAAAUCUUCUUCAAUCGAUCAAGGCAAUAAACGACCGGGUCAAUUGUUGUGGUUGUUGGGAUUGACCCGUCUACAGACCCAGAUGCGAGUUGUGAAGGCAUUCCAAUCAUCGGCUGAAGAUUCUCAUCCAUCAUCACUCACAACAUCGACAGCUGAUCGACUUCGAGCAUCGUAUAGACGAUUGAAAAUCGCAAAGGAGCUCGAACAACAGAAACGUGCGGGCAGUGUUCGGGUGAGCAGCUCGACGAAAGAGCCGACAAAAGACACAACAACGAUGAAAUUUGUC